AUGGCUUCUGAGGAUAGAUAUGCUGCGUAUAACAACAUCGACUCUACAGAUAGAGAUAUAAACAGUGCGGGCUGGAUAUACAGUGAAAAAGACAGCUGGGAUAAGGCAAAUUGUGGCUUUCCUAGAGGAGUGGACAGUGAUAAUGUAGGUCAUUGGUCCGCUAUUGGUAUACACAGACAGAUGCCUCCAUCGUGUGCUAGAGGAUAUACACAAAUGGGAUCUGGAUUAAUGAAAUGUCAGACAGAUGGAGAGUGGACAAACAAUGUCAGAUGUGUGCCAUAUGGGGAAUAUGAUGGACACUCAUAUCUUCUUGUACCUGAUGCUGUAUCCUGGGAUACCGCCAAGGAGAGAUGUGAGAGGUAUGGUGGUUACUUGGCUGAAGUGGAAUCAAUAGAGGAAAAUAACUGGAUAACUCAAACACUUGUCGCCCCUUAUUACGCUAACUCUAGUGCUGACUGGUGGCUGCUCUCCUCUUGGAUUGGUGCCAAUGACCUGACAGAGGAAGGGACAUUUGUUUGGAGUACAAGCGGAAAUCAUCUUAAUUACACAAACUGGCUUUCGGGUCAGCCCGACAACUUCCUGGGAAAUGAGAACUGUGUACAAGUUACUAAUAACGGGAUCUGGAACGAUAUGGGGUGUGGGCUCCCCAUUCCAUUCUUAUGUAAAGCAACUGCCUUUUGGAAAUGAUGAAAAGACUAUUUUGAAAAAAAUUAAUUUUGGUCAAUGUAUUUAACUG